GGUUACCACACCAGUCGCUCCCACUGUAGUUGCUGAAGGGGAGUCGGUGAGAGUUUCGGUGUGAACCGGAUAGCGCGUUUGGAAACGGGGGACUUUGGAUACGGAGAGGUUGCUUUUCUCUUUAGAGCGACUCAUCUGAAGGUAUCAUCAUGCCGGUGUUUCACACAAAGACGAUAGAAAGUAUUUUGGAGCCCGUGGCUCAGCAGAUCUCUCAUCUGGUGAUCAUGCACGAAGAAGGCGAAGUUGACGGUAAAGCCAUCCCGGAUCUCACCGCGCCCGUGGCCGCCGUGCAAGCGGCUGUCAGCAACCUGGUCCGGGUGGGUAAAGAGACGGUACAGACAACAGAAGAUGCCAUCAUGAGAAGAGAUAUGCCACCCGCCUUUAUAAAGGUAGAGACCGCAUGCACUAAACUGGUGCAGGCCGCUCAGAUGCUAAAGUCUGAUCCGUAUUCAGUCCCAGCUAGAGAUUAUCUGAUCGAUGGGUCACGUGGGAUCCUGUCCGGCACAUCUGAUCUCCUCCUGACCUUCGAUGAGGCUGAGGUUCGUAAAAUCAUCCGUGUGUGUAAAGGGAUUCUGGAAUAUCUGACUGUGGCCGAGGUGGUGGAAUCCAUGGAAGAUCUGAUCACAUACACCAAGAACCUGGGACCAGGCAUGACAAAGAUGGCCAAGAUGAUCGAUGAACGUCAGCAGGAAUUGACUCAUCAGGAGCACAGAGUCAUGUUGGUCAACUCUAUGAACACUGUAAAGGAGCUGCUGCCUGUACUGAUCUCAGGCAUCAAGAUCUUCGUGACGACCAGGACGUCUCAAGGUAAAGGUGUAGAGGAAGCCUUGAAGAACCGAAACUUCACCGUAGAUAAGAUGAGCACAGAGAUCAAUGAGAUCAUCCGUGUGCUGCAGCUCACGUCCUGGGACGAGGACGCAUGGGCCAGUAAGGACACUGAAGCUAUGAAAAGAGCGCUGGCUCAGAUCGACUCAAAAAUGGGUCAGGCUAAGAACUGGUUAAGAGAUCCUCACGGCCAACCAGGUGAUGCAGGUGAACAGGCCAUCCGUCAGAUUCUGGAUGAGGCUGGUAAAGUGGGCGAGCUCUGUGCUGGGAAAGAGAGGCGAGAUAUUGUGGGCACAGCCAAAACUCUCGGACAGCUGACGGAGCAGGUCUCAGAGCUUCGAGGCAGGGGUCAGGGUGCGACUCCAGUGGCCAUGCAGAAGGCCCAGCAGGUUUCUCAGGGUUUGGAUGUUCUAACUGGGAAGGUGGAAAACGCUGCCCGUAAAAUGGAGGCCAUGAUAAGCUCCAAACAAGCCAUAGCCAAGAGGAUCGACGCUGCUCAGAACUGGCUGGCAGAUCCUCACGGAGGUCCUGAGGGUGAGGAGAACAUCAGAGCUCUUCUGGGGGAGGCGAGGAAGAUCGCAGAUCUGUGUGAAGAUCCCAAAGAAAGAGAUGACAUCCUGCGUAACAUGGGCGAGAUAGCCGCCCUAACCGCCAAACUUUCAGAGCUAAAGAAGGCGGGUAAGGGGGAUACCCCUGAGGCUCGAGCCUUGGCAAAGCAGAUCGCCACAGCUCUCCAGAAUCUUCAGUCUAAAACCGGUAAAGCCGUGGCCAACACCCGACCGGCCAAAGCAGCCGUACACCUGGAAGGAAAAAUCGAGCAGGCUCAGAGAUGGAUCGACAACCCCAGCAUGGACGACAGCGGAGUCGGUCAGGCUGCUAUUCGCGGUCUGGUUGCCGAGGGGCGUCGCCUGGCCAAUGCGUUGCCCGCAUCCCACAGACAUGAGCUGCAGGGUAAAUGUGAGGAGGUGGAGCACCUGAUGGCUCAGUUAGCCGAACUAGCGGCCCGUGGGGAAGGAGACAGUCCACAAGCCCGCGCAAUCGCUCAACAACUAGAGAACACUCUGAAAGACCUAAAGGGUAAGAUGCAGGAGGCCAUGACACAAGAAGUGUCCGACAUCUUCAGUGACACGACCACACCAGUCAAACUACUGGCCGUGGCAGCGACCGCCCCACCAGACGCGCCCAAUAGAGAACAGGUGUUUGAGGAACGGGCAGCAAACUUUGAGAAUCACGCGGGUCGACUGGGCGCGACAGCAGAGAAGGCGGCCGCAGUCGGCACUGCUAACAAGGGCACGGUGGAGGGCAUUCAGGCGGCGGUCAAAUCCACCAGAGAGCUGACACCACAGGUGAUCUCUGCAGCUCGUAUCCUACUGAAGAAUCCUGGAAACCAGGCAGCGUACGAACACUUUGAGACCAUGAAGAACCAGUGGAUCGACAAUGUUGAGAAAAUGACAGGUCUGGUGGAUGAAGCGAUUGACACCAGGUCUUUGUUGGAUGCGUCAGAGGAUGCCAUUAAGAAAGACCUGGACAAGUGUCAGGUUGCUAUGGCUAAUCACCAGCCUCAGAUGCUGGUCGCCGGAGCAACCAGCAUCGCCCGGCGAGCCAAUCGGAUCAUGUUGGUGGCGAAACGAGAGGUGGAGAACUCGGAGGACCCGAAAUUCAGAGAAACUGUUAAAGCAGCUUCUGAUGAGCUCAGCAGGACCAUUUCACCCAUGGUCAUGAACGCCAAAGCCGUGGCCGCCAAUAUACAGGACCAAGGCCUUCAGAGAGGCUUCCUCGAGUCUGGUUUUAAGAUUUUGGGUGCCGUGGCUAACGUGAGGGAGGCGUUCCAGCCGCAGGAACCAGACUUCCCCCCUCCACCUCCAGACAUGGAGAACCUGCAUAUCCAGGACACUGCUGCCCCUCCAAAACCGCCCCUGCCGGAGGGUGAAGUUCCUCCACCGAGACCUCCGCCACCUGAUGAGAAGGAUGAUGAGUUCCCGGAGCAACAGGCCGGAGAGAUGGUCAGCGAGCCCAUGAUGGUGGCUGCCAGACAGCUACACGACGAGGCCCGCAAGUGGUCCAGCAAGGGUAAUGACAUCAUCAGUGCCGCCAAGCGUAUGGCUCUGCUGAUGGCUGAGAUGUCUCGACUGGUCCAGGGCAGCACCGGCAACAAGAGGGCACUCAUUCAGUGCGCCAAAGACAUCGCCAAAGCCUCUGAUGAAGUCACGCGGCUCGCCAAAGAGGUCGCCAAGCAGUGCACGGACAAACGCAUAAGAACCAACCUGCUGCAGGUUUGUGAGAGAAUCCCAACUAUUAGCACUCAGCUGAAGAUUCUGUCCACGGUCAAGGCCACCAUGUUGGGACGCACAAAUAUCAGUGAGGAGGAAUCAGAACAGGCUACAGAGAUGUUGGUUCAUAACGCUCAGAACCUGAUGCAGUCGGUAAAGGAGACAGUGAGAGAGGCAGAAGCCGCUUCCAUCAAGAUCCGCACAGACGCCGGUUUUACUCUGCACUGGGUCCGCAAAACACCGUGGUACCAGUGAGCACCAAAAUCCCAGUGUGCAUUGGGCCAAGCAACUCAGUCCAGGUCCUAAAUGUCAUUGCAGACAUGUCAAUCACGUUGUUUGGGGGUGACCAAACUAUUCCAUUUCAAAAUUGUUCUUGAAUGUUAAUGGAUGUAAAAUAAGGGAUGAUAUAAUUCAGCAUUCAGUUUCCUUCCAAUAGCUUUUUUAUUUGUGAGAAACGGUUUAUUUUGUGUUGAUGGAUCAGAGUUAGAAAAAUUUACAGCAAUUAUGUCCUGUUGUAUCGCAGAGGUUAUUUUGUUAGGAUUUUUUACAGGAAUAAUCUGUGGCUGCAUUUGAAGCCUUACACACAGUUUUAUAUCUCAUUUUUGUAUCUUUACUUGCACCCGUCUUCUUUACACUGUUUGAAUGUAUUUCACACAUACACAAAGAUUACUCGUUAUAUUUUGCCUUUCUGCACAAAAACACAAGCACAUUUUAAGACUAUAAUACCGCGAUUAAUAAUAUGCUUUUAAUGCAACAGGUUAGUCAUACAACUUCAUCCAUAGGUACACAGUUGUACUAUUGUUCGUCUGUAACUGUAUGCUUAAUAGAAGAACAUUGGUGGAUUGUUUCAUUCCUUCAGGGAUUGCAGUUUACAGAAGUCUAAACUGAUAGGAGGUAAAUCAAAUUAUGGUGCUUAAUGUGAAAUAUACCAAACCCGUUUUUUUUUCCGUUAACCAAACAUACAGAACAUAUACAUGCACUGCCGUCCCUGUUUUACCACUAAGAUGUCACUGUGCUAGAUACACUACUAAAAUCUUUUGCGGGAUGCACACUCAAGUAUAUUUAUAUGAGUGAAAAUAUGCUCUUUGCAUAUAUAUGAACCUUUUAUAAUGUUGAGAAGAUCAGUAGUUUUAAUGUAAAUAAUGAUGACAGCCUGUAAGACCUAAUGUGCCUUGUCUAAUAAAGGAUCUAAUUAUCAUCUAAA